AUGAAGAGCUGUAAACUUCUGACAAACUCUUAUGGCCUACCCGAGGACAUCGUAUCGGACCGUGGACCCCAGUUUACCUCCAGGGUAUGGCGAGCCUUCUUCCGACUACUAGACAUCAACGUCAGCCUCACCUCGGGCUACCACCCUCAACGGUGAGUCAUUGUCACCAGUCAAACGGUCAGACGGAACGGUUAAACCAGGAGAUCACCAAGUUUCUCUGCACCUACUGCCACCACAACCAAUCCGAUUGGAGCCGCUUCCUCCCUUGGGCCGAAUACGCCCAGAACUCCAUCUUGAAACCUUCGACCAACCUAACCCCCUUCCAGUGCGUCCUAGGGUAUCAACAUCCUCUGUUCCCCUGGUCCGGCGAGCCAUCAGAGGUUCCGGCGGUCAACGACUGGCUCCAGCGCAGUGAGGCGGUAUGGGACCAAGCUCACGUCCACCUCCAGCGGGCCGUGAACCAAACUAAGAGGCAGGCGGAUCGUCGCCGCCGCCCGGGCCCUACCUACUCUCCGGGUCAGUGGGUUUGGCUCUCAACCAGGGACCUACGCCUACGCCUCCCCUGCAAGAAACUCAGCCCCAGUGGCCCGAGGUCGGAGGAGGAGGAAGCGAACCCCGACCCCCCUCCCAUCACCGUGGGCGGUGAAGAGGCAUUCCUGGUGCGAACACUGCUGGACUCCAGACGUCAACGGGGUCGGAUUCAAUACCUUGUGGAUUGGGAGGGGUACGGUCCUGAGGAGAGGUCCUGGGUCGGAGCAGAAGACAUCCUCGACCACAAUCUCACCUCAGAAUUCCACAGGACCCAUCCAGAGAAACCGGCCCCCCCGACCUCGAGGUCGACCCCGGCAUCCAUCAUGUCCUCGCUUCAGGAGCCGCUCACAGGGGGGGAGGCUCUGUCAUGAACGCCUACGAAGGCGCCUCCCCGAUCGGCCACCGGAGAUCUGAUUCACCUGAAUACUAAUCUUCUCCGUAACCCACAUACCGGGCUUGAUUAAUUCACAGCUGAUCCCCAUUUAUCUCCCUCUAUUUAAGCCACGCGCAGUUACACUCACACUGCAAAGUCUUGUUUGUUCCGGCUACACUACUGAGCGCUCUAGUUUACAUUCCCCGUUGUUUAUCUGUUUACCGACCUUGCUUUCCCUGUUGACCACGAUUGAUUGCUGCCUGCCUACCUGAACUCUCGUCUGCCUUCUCGUAUUACUGUUUGCUGCCUGCCCCGACAUUCUGCCUGCCUCACCUCGCUUUCUGCCUGCCUACGAUUGCCCUGUUCACCCAUUGCUUGACCAUUGCCCGUUAUAUCCUGUGUUUUCAAUAAAGACUGCUUAUGGAUCCCAACUUACCUGAGUCAUUGUUACAUUGGUGCAGGUUCACCACGACCAAUGAAGAGCUGCAAACUUCUGACAAACUCUUUCGGCCAAUCACAAGCUCAUUAGCAUGGGAAAAAUAACGAAUGACAAAUUUGUGUCAAGUUUGUGGCUAGUUUGCAGAACUCCAGAUUUUUUGUAAGGGUGGUGCAACUAUGUCAGCUCCAGGGUCACAAGAUAUACAAAAAAUAAUGUGAACUGCAACUGCAUGGCUGGGCAAGCUGUGUUCAUAGACAAAUAGGUAAACUACAUUAUAUCGGCUAUCACAAAAGUUCCAGAAACAGAUGCUAAGUUAGGUAGCUUUGUUUAUUGUUUGGUAUAAUCCAGCUAUGUAUGAGUUAGCAAUGAUAACAUUGUCAUUGAAACAUGCAUUUUCUGUUGAACAGUCCAGACAAAA